AUGCAAACCAUAAAGUGUGUCGUUGUCGGCGAUGGUGCCGUCGGUAAAACAUGUCUUUUGAUUUCGUAUACGACGUCCAAGUUCCCUGCUGACUAUAUCCCCACCGUGUUUGACAACUACGCCGUCACGGUUAUGAUUGGCGACGAGCCAUUCACCUUGGGUCUUUUCGAUACCGCCGGUCAGGAGGAUUACGAUAGAUUGAGACCCUUGUCUUACCCAUCCACAGACGUGUUUUUGGUGUGUUUCUCUGUCAUCACACCGCCAUCGUUUGAGAACGUGAAGGAGAAGUGGUUCCCAGAAGUGCACCACCACUGUCCUGGUGUACCAUGCCUUAUAGUUGGUACACAAACGGAUUUGAGAGAUGACAAUGUCAUAAAAGAGCGUUUGCACAGACAGAAGUUGAGCCCCAUCACCCCUGAGCAGGGUGAGAAGUUGGCUAAGGAGUUGCGUGCUGUCAAGUAUGUUGAGUGUUCCGCCUUGACGCAAAAGGGGUUGAAGACGGUGUUUGACGAGGCUAUUGUCGCUGCAUUGGAGCCUCCGGUGAUCAAGAAGUCCAAGAAGUCGUUGGGCUUGCUGGGGCUGCUGACCCGCUUCUAUAAUGAACAGAAUACGUUGUACAUCGUGGACUGGAUCCGCAAGAGAGAAUUGAGAUAA